GCGAGGAGGGAAGAGAAAAGAAGAAAAAGAUGGUGACGGGGAGGAGAAGAGCAGCCCAUCCUCGUCUCUCUCCUCGUUAGGGCUUUCCUCUCUCGUCCGAGCCCCAUGCUUCCAUGGCGGUUACCAUCCCUCGCCAGACGCGGCUAUCCGCGCGAGGCGAUUCGCGGUUCGUCUUCCGUCCCUGGACGCGCGCAAACCCUAAUUUCCUGUUCGGUUCGGAGGAAGCGUCGCCGUCGCGUUCGAGCUUUGCUGAAAUCCGCAAAUCCGAAGGUGUGGGGGACGUUUAGGAUCUGAAAGUCGGUGGGAUUGAUCGAUGGAUCCGGCGCUGCCUAGGAAGAGGGGCCGGCCUAGGAAACGGCCCUUGCCGGACGAGGAGAAUGCGACCGCCGGCGUGGGAGGCGGUUCGGAUCCUAAGAAACGGGCGCUGAGCGUGAGGCCGAUGGCGAUGGUGGGCAGAUACGUGUUGAAGGAAUUCCAUGGGAAAAAGUUUCUUGGAAAAGUAGUGUAUUACGAUACUGGCUUGUACAGGAUUGAGUACGAGGAUGGCGAUCGAGAGGAUCUGGAGAGCGGUGAGCUCCGUCGAAUUAUAAUAGAUGACGAUAGCUUCGCUGAGGAAUUGAGUAGAAGGAGAAAGAAAUUGGAUAAAAUGAUAGCUGAUGCCAGUGCAAAACCUUCAGGUGUUCCUGAGAAGAAUCGGGUGGGUGAUGCCGAAGCAUCUUCGCUGAGUGAAUUGAGCAGUGUCCCGGUUCAUGAGGAUAACGAGGGUCGAGUUGAUGUUGAAGGUGAUGGCCACGCCGAUUCAUCAACUGACUCCUGUGAGUAUGGUGAGGAUGGAGGUUCGGGUUUGGAGGCUGAGGCGCCGGCAAUACCCCCAGCUCCGCAAUUGCCACCAUCCUCUGGAUCCAUAGGCAUUGCAGAGGAGUACGUUUCUCAUCUGCUGUCUGUAUAUGGCUUCUUGAGGUCGUUUAGUGUCGCACUUUAUUUGUGUCCCUUUGGAUUGGAUGAUUUUGUCGGAGCGCUAAAUUGUUCGCUUCCAAAUUCAUUGUUGGAUGCCAUCCAUGUCGCACUGAUGCGUUCAUUAAGGCUUCAUCUGGAAAUUGUCUCUUCCGAUGGUUCAGAGCUUGCUUCGAAAUGUCUGAGAUGCAUUGAUUGGGACUUGCUGGAUACUUUGACGUGGCCCAUUUAUGUGCUCCAUUAUUUAACUGUGAUGGGUCAUGCGAGAGGGCAGGAGUGGAAAGGUUUCUCUGAGGAUGUUUUGCACAGGGAUUAUUACUCCUUAUCUGUUGGUAAGAAGCUGUUGAUUCUUCAAAUUCUGUGCGACCAUGCCUUGGAGUGUGCAGAUCUGAGAGCUGAGAUGGACAUGCGUGAAGAGUCAGAAGUUGGAAUUGACUUGGAUGGGGCUGCAAGUAAUAUAUCCCAGAAUGGUAUGAGAAUGGUCCAUUCGCGAUAUUGCAAAACAACUUCUUUUCUGAACCGAGAAGCUGCAGGAGCCAUCGCAGCAAGUUACGAGAUGAAACCGCAGACUAAUUCAAAUUGUAAGGCCAAUGGUUCAGAAGGUGUUCAAGUUGUUGCUGAUGCUGCAAAUCUUGGUGGGGAUGGAAAUGGGGAUGAGUGUCGGCUCUGUGGAAUGGAUGGGACCUUGCUGUGUUGUGACGGCUGUCCAUCAGCAUACCAUGCAAGAUGUAUUGGCUUGGUUAAGAUGCAUAUACCAGAAGGAUCAUGGUAUUGCCCAGAGUGCACGAUUGAUAGGAUUGGACCCUCAAUUACUGCAGGGACAUCUCUUGUUGGAGCAAAAAUGUUUGGGAUUGAUCCAUACGAGCAAGUUUACUUGGGUACUUGCAAUUACCUACUGGUGCUGAAAGCGUCUAUGUCCGACAAGUUGUGCCUUAGAUACUACAACCAGAAAGACAUUGUGAAAGUGCUGGAAGCUAUCAACUCCUCUGUGCAGCAUACGACUUUAUAUUUGGAGAUAUGCAAGGGAAUCAUACAGUACUGGAAUAUACCAGAUAAUAUUUUUUCUCUCCCUCAAGUGAAUGAAGUGCAAAGAAAGCAGGUGAAUGACAACGACAUAAAGAUUUCUUCUCAACCAUUCGUUUCUUCUGAUGACGGAGGACAGAAGAUUUUAGGUGCUACUGGAAUUGAGAAUGUGAGUGGUGUAAGUGGAGGUGCUGCCGUUACUAUUGCAACAUCAUCAGUCCAGACAAUUGCGAAUGAAACGACACACUGUGAAAUAGCUGGUCAUCAUAUAAGUAGUAACUCAAAUAUGGUGAAAAAUGGACCUCCUGUUGAUUUGAAGCUACUAGAGCAUAUCAAAGUGGAUUCCGCGUCAUCUUCUGGUUCAGUUACUCAGCAAGCUGAUCCAUCUGACAUCAGUCACCAAGUUUCUGUUGACAGAUCAAGCGCAUCCAACUAUGUUAUGUGCACCUCUAAGAACAGCAGUGGCAGUUGCAAUGGACAUCCAGAUGGUAUUGGUUUACCCAAUGUUAAGUCUUACCAGAAUAAACAUUGUUAUAGUGUCGGAGUUGGAGGAGGUGCACGAAAUGUGGGGGAUGAUUGCAUGUACACUGGUGCCCUUUUUAGACCUCAGGCAUACAUAAAUAAUUAUAUCCAUGGAUGUACUGCUGCUACUGCCGCUGCUAAUCUGGCAACUCUUUCAGCUGAGGAAGGCCAGAUUUCAGAGGUUCAUGUUUCUGGAAGUUCUAAAAAGCUCACAUCUGCUAACUCCCAUCAAAUGAAAGCUUUUAUAUCAGCUAGCCCGCGAUUUUUUUGGCCAAUCUCUGAGAAGAAACUUGGAGAGGUGCCAAGAGAGAGGUGUGGUUGGUGCUAUACUUGUAAGGCUCAAGUUAUCAGCAGGAGAGGAUGUAUGCUAAAUGCAGCAGCCCUGCUGGCCACUAAAAGUACAACCAAGAUUCUCAGUGGUCUACCACCCACUAAGAAUGGUCAAGGGAGUCUUUCUAGCAUAGCAAUAUAUAUUUUAUUGAUAGAGGAGAGUUUUCGAGGUCUUAUCGUUGGUCCAUUUCUUGGUGGGACUCAAAGAAAAGAAUGGUGUGAACGAGUAGUGGAGGCUGCAGAUUGCAUAGCAGUGAAAGCUCUCUUGCUUGAGCUUGAGGAGCACAUUAGCCCAAUUGCGCUGUCUAGUGACUGGAUUAAGCCAGUGGAUGAUUGUUUGAUGGAGGCUUCUGUUACUCAAAGUGUCUCGUCCACUGUUGAUACGGCACAGAAGCGCGGUCCUGGUGGUAGACGGAGGAAAAAUGCUGCUGUAUCUGAUGUUGCAUCUGAUGAUGGUCUGGAUAAGAGUUUCAGUUGGUGGCGAGGAGGGAAAGUAUCAAAGCUUUUAAUGCACAAAGCAAUUUUGCCGCGGUCAUUGGUAAAAAGAGCUGCUCGCCAAGGGGGCUCAAGAAAGAUUCCCGGUGUUCACUAUUAUUAUGGUUCUGAGAUUCCUAGAAGAAGCAGGCAAUUAGCAUGGAGAGCUGCUGUUGAAACGAGUAAAAAUGCUUCGCAGCUUGCUCUUCAGGUUAGAUAUCUGGAUUCUUAUUUGAGGUGGAAUGAUCUGGUACGGCCAGAACAGAGCCCUCAGGAUGCAAAAGGUCCAGAGUUGGAAUCUUCUGUUUUCAGAAAUGCAUUGAUAUGUGAUAAGAAAAAUUUGGAACGCAAGGUAUUGUAUGCUGUUGAUUUUGGGAUUCAAAAGCACCUUCCAUCCCGUGUCAUGAAGAGUAUCAUUGACAUAGAACAAAGUCAAGGAGGAAAGGAGAAGUACUGGUUUUCAGAAGCACACAUUCCUCUAUAUUUAAUCAAAGAGUAUGAAGAAGGUGUUGAUAGGUUGCCUAUGCCUUCAGAGAAGAUGCGUCUGUUUUCGCAUAUCCAAAGAGUGCAGUUAAAAGCUGUUCGCAUCGACAUAUUCUCCUAUCUUGUGUAUAGGAGGGAUAAUGUGGAUAAGUUCUCUUGCAGUUCAUGUCAACGGGAUGUUCUGCUCAGGAAUGCAGUCAAAUGCAGCUCAUGUCGAGGUUAUUGUCACGAGCAAUGUAUCGUAGGUUCAAGAAUUAUGGCAAAUGGGUUCAGUUGCAGGCAGUGCUUCAAUGCCAAAGCUUUUUCGAGGAAGGAAAGCACGGAAUCUCCAACCAGUCCAUUGCUUUUACAAACCCGCGAAAAUCAUGCCAAUGGGACAAUCAUCAGACUUCCUAAAGUUAAGGGGUACAGUCAACCAUUUGCAUCUGCCAGAGCUAUUAAUAACGGUCAGGAGAUAAAGCAUGGCACUUCAGGAUCUAGUUUGGCGACGAAAUCCCGAGCUAAGCUCCCUACUUGGGGUGUUAUAUGGAGGAAGAAGAUCUGUGAUGAUACAGGGUCAGAGUUCAGGGUUAAUAACAUUCUUUUGAGGGGAGGUGCAGAUUUGCGGUGGUCCGGACCUGUAUGCCAUCUUUGUGGGAAGCCAUAUAAUUCUGAACUGAUGUACAUUCGAUGCCAAAAUUGCACCCAUUGGUUUCAUGCUGAUGCUGUUGAACUUAUGGAGUCGAGAAUAUUUGAUGUGGUGGGUUUUAAGUGUUGCAAGUGUCGUAGAAUAAGAUCACCCGAGUGUCCUUAUGAUGACAAAGGCAAGAAGCGAACAGUUAAAAAGCAGCAAUCUUCAGCUAUAAAGCAAGAAUCGGAGUCUGAUUUGGGAAAUACAUCUGAAUCGAGAGAAUGUGAACCCACAACUCCAAUGUUCCCUCCUGAGGAGAUGGAAAUACAAGAGGAGGAUCCUCUUCUUCAGUCUACCUCAAGAGUGCAUCAGAUUGCCGACGACAAUUGGGAGGUGGAUUUUGGCCAGGUGAGUGCGCCAGGGCCGGCACUGCAGAAACUUCCUGUUAGAAGGCAUGUAAAGCGAGACGGAGAUGCAGAUGGCCUUUUGGAGAACAAUUACUUUUAUUCAGAAUCCUCAACUUCAAUGGAAAUAAAUAUUCCCAUGGAUCAGAUUGGGGAUGCAACGACUCCAGCAGCAGCGUGGGAUAUUCCCAGCAAUGGCCUUGAUGGGGAGUUUCUUAUUGAUUAUGAAAGUUUUGACUACGGUGAUAUGGAGUUUGAACCGCAGACUUACUUCUCUUUUACGGAGUUGUUGGCUUCUGAUGAUGGUGAUCAGUUUGAUGAAGCUCAUACAAUUGAGGAAGUGUCGGGGAAAUGGGAUAAUGCAGCUUCUGCAGCUUUGCAGGGUGGCGUUGCGGAGGACUUUGGAGAGGUCCCCUCUGAUAAUGGAGUUGGGCAGACUAGUUCCGAAAUGUCUGGCGUUGCUGUCCCCUGUCGGAUAUGUACAUGCUCAGAUCCUACUCCUGAUCUCUGUUGCCAGUUUUGUGGGUUGUGUGUGCAUAGCGGUUGUUCUCCUUGGGGUGGGAUGGAAUCUGGGGAAGGUGACUGGAAGUGUGGAGAUUGCCGGGAAUGGAGGUAGGAGCUCUUGGCUUCAGUCGCUUCUUAAGAGAAAAUGUUUUUACUGUAAAUUGAGACCACCGCUAGCGAAAUGGAGAGGAGGCGGCAGAGAUUACAUGGCAGGUUCAGUCAAAUCAAAUCUUGUUUCUAGAGAUGUUGUCGCAUUGGUGAUCGGCCAGAAGAGCCGGAUGGUGAUCAUCCAGAAGAGGCAGAGACGACCAGGUAGCUGCUUGUGCCUCCAUCGAUGAUGCCGAUGACUAGCUGAGAGUAGCUCCUUCCGGUACCAGCUGCGAUGUUUUUGACUCUGAAUUAUUUGGUUCCAUGAGUUUUGGAGGACUCGGAUUCUUUUGGUUCUGGGGAAAAAGGAACCACAUUUUAUAUCAUCCUUGAAGAAGAUAAGCUAGGUUUUUGUCGUGCUUAUCUGAUUUUAAAAUGAUUGUAUAAAGUUAGUGAUAGCUAUUUGAUUA